UAGUGUUUUGGAGUAAUCGGGACGGGGCUCUGUGCUAUUUUCCCCGUGCUCUCAAGGUUCAGUUCUUUGACUACCGUAAGCGGAAAGUAUGCUGUAAUUGCUCGUUAAACGCUUAUAUCAAGCGAGUGGAGCCGGAAGUGCAAUGCACCGGGAGCAAUUAGCGAACUGGAGCUUUUACAUUGUAAAAUAUGUAAAAUAUGUGAGCGUAUUUGAUCGAUCCGGAAACGAUGAAAUAAAUCAAUGAAUUCUUCCGCUGGAGAAGAAUACGUUCAUCAAUGCUAGCUUCUGGUUCACUCGAUCGCCUUAUCAGCCGACCGAACUCAAUUCUGAUGCUGCGGCAUUUGGUUGAUGUUAUUAGUUCCAGUAGCUAAUUUUCAUCGAUAGUGAGUGCACGGCGGAGUUUUAGUCUCUCGAUCUUAUUGAUGAACCGAAACGAUGACAGUCAAUGUUGAGGUUGCAAAGGCACAGCAUAACGAAUCGAUGGUGCUAUUGGAGUGGAAGAGUUUGACGGUAUCGGUGCAAAGUUACCGUUUGUGGAAGUGGCCAACAAAAGAACCGUGCGAGGCUCAACAAAUUUUGAAAGAUGCUACCGGUGCGGUGCAAUCGGGAGACCUGGUGGCCGUCAUGGGUGCAAGUGGUUCCGGCAAGACAACAUUAUUGGCAGCUGUAUCGAUGCGCAUGAUGGCGGACGUCACGGGCAGUGUGCUUAUCAAUGGUCGAAUCGUCAGUCAAACCCAGAUGAAGCGUCUAUCCGGCUUUGUACCCCAAUUCGACAUCGCUAUCAGUUCGCUGACGGUCCGAGAACAUCUCACAUUUGUGUCCAAAUUGAAGGGAGUCCGGUUGGCUACCACAAGGCGAGUGAUCGAUGAGCUGAACUUGGGCAAGUGUGAGUUUACGAGAAUCUCGCAUCUUUCGGGAGGCGAACGAAAGAAGGUUAACUUAGCGGGAGAACUGCUAACCGAACCAGAUAUGCUUUUCUGUGAUGAACCUACAACAGGGCUGGACAGCUUCAGCGCUCUUUCAGUAAUGAACACACUCCGAAGGCUCGCUGUGGAUUGCGGAAAAAUAGUCAUCUGCACUAUUCAUCAUCCCACGUCGCACAUUUUCGAGUGCUUCACCGACAUCGUUUUAGUGAAGAAGGGAGAGAUUUACUACCAAGGUCGAACCCUUGAGUCAAGUGCAUUCUUUGCAAGUAUAAAUUGCCCACUGCCAUUAAACUGCAAUCCCGGGGAUCACUAUUUUAAAUUGGUUUGUGAUUAUGACCAGGAUGAUUAUAGUGGGGAUGAGAAUCGCUUCAAUGAGCAGAAGAUUGUCCGCGUAAGCCACAUAGAAAAUAUCGCAAAAAAGUGUUCAACGGUUGAAUAUGGUGAAAGUGUCCUGACGAAGAUAUUAAACAGCAAUUUCCAAAAUGCGUGCUGGCUGACGCAGCUCCGUCUUCUGCUGCACCGAAGUCUGCUAGACAGCAUCCGUAACCUACGCGAGUAUGUCAUCGUGAUGGUAUUAUUUCUAGCCUCCAGUAUCACCAUAUCGGCACUUUACUUUCACAUCACCCCGACGAGUCAGACGGCAAUCCAAGACAUACGGGGGGCACUUUUCCUCAUGGUAUGCGAGCUACUGUAUACCCUCGGUUACACGGUGUUCUACGUGUUCCCCCAGGAACUGCCGCUGCUGAGACGUGAGGUAGGCGAACGGAUGUACCGCUUGUCGGCCUAUUAUGCCCACAAGGCACUGCUGACGGUACCGAAAGCGUUCUUCGAGUCAUUUCUUUACGUCGGGAUCGUGUACGCGUGUGUGCAAUUUUCCACCGGUUUUGCCACCUACAUCGGAAUCGCCACCGUCUGCAGCGUGGCUGGCCUCUUAGCGGUCGCUUAUGGCUACCUGUUGUCCUGCCUUACCGGCUCGAUGGAACUGUCGAUCGAAUAUGCAAAUAUAAUCUUCUUACUGUACGGACUGCUGGGCGGCUUAUAUCUCAACAUCCAGGCCUUUCCCAUUAGCAAGUAUUUUUCGUUCUUCUUCUUCGCCUCGGAGGGUGCUUCGGUUUAUUACUGGCGAACGGUUGGCAACAUCACCUGUGACCAGGUGGGAAACACUACCUGCCUAGCCGAUGGGUACGCCGUGCUCGAGGAUUACAGCUACGGGACGACACUUGACACCGUCUAUUUCAACUACUUGCUGCUGGCAGCCGAGCUUCUGGUCGUUCAUUUUCUAGCCUAUCUAAGCCUGAGGAGGUUCGUCAACGGAAUCGGAUUCUACUGAACACAAUUUAAAAAAAAACACACAUGUGUGUAAGGAAGGGCAAACCGAAUAAAAGCCAAGUUUUUCCAGGUAGCCAACUGCUCGC